ACAAGGCAGUCAAGUAUUCACACAUGAAGUGUUUGGGAAAUUUCAGGAACAAGUUAUUGCAGCAAGAGAUCAUUGUUGUGUUCAAGGAAUUGCACAAGAUGGGGGAAUAAAAGUAGUGACCUUCAAAACGGGAGCCAGUAGGGUAAGGGAGGUCCGUUGUGACACGACAACCAUGAUAGCUAACUGUUCAUGCAAGUUAUUUGAGUCACAUGGAAUCCCAUGCCGCCAUAUUGUCCAAGUGAUGCGAAUUGAAAAUCAAAAGGAGCUUCCAACCUUCUAUAUUAUGGAAAGAUGGAAGAAACGGUGUAGAAGUGAGAGUGUUUACGAUGAGCAAGCGAACCUUCUAGAAGAAAAUCCCACCGAUUCCUUGGAUGCAGCCGCAAGGAAGAAGAUUUCAACAGUACGCAACAAGUUGGAAGAUCUAAUUCAAAGAGCCAAGCAAUCAGAUGAAGGCAUGGACUUUUUAGUAUCAAGUGUUCUGAGCAUUGAGGAGCCUCUGAACCAAAUGGUUCCCAAUGCAGUCAAGCACACUAGGCAAGAGGAAUAUGAGGCGUUUAUCGGUUGCAACAUUCCUACUCAAGUUGACAUACACCCGCCAAAUGAUGGCCAUUCGAUAGGGAGAUGUAAAAGAAUAAAAAGAGCAAAGGAAAUGAAUGGGGAAGAACAAAAGGAGAAGAAAAAAGAAGCCAAGGCCAAGGUCGCACGCUUGUGCAAGACGUGCAACCAAAUAAGGGUUUCAUGACAGUCGCAAUUGUCCUAGCAAAAAAGGUCAUGGAAAAGAAGCCAUGAAUGUGCAACAAAUGCUUCCAGAUGGUGCAUGAUGAUAGCUACAAGUCUUCGAAAAAUAGAUGAUGUUUAAUCCCAUUUAUUCAGUUUAUUGAA